GAAGCUGCCAUCGCUCUUCAGUAGCUCAGCUGGACUCUGAUCUCACCAUGUUCAUCAACUGUAAGAUGGCAGUGCUGAUGCUUGUGCUGACUCUUGAUGGCCAAGUUCAUUCAGGAGGAAUCAUUGGAGGCCACGAGGCUAAGGCACACAGUCGGCCAUACAUGGCGGUUCUGGAGAGGCACAUGCCAGACAACAGCACUGAAUUCUGUGAUGGAUUCCUCCUCAAUGAGGAUUUUGUGAUGACUGCCGCCCACUGUCAAGCUAAGUCCUUUAAUGUCUUGCUAGGUGUUCACAACUUUCAUAACAAAAAGGGAGUACAGAAUUUGUCUGUGACGGAAGCAUUUCCACACAAAGAUUACAAUGCAACUGACAAAAGCAAUGUACAAAAUGACAUAAUGCUUCUGAAGUUGAGCUCCAAGGCAGAAUUGAACGACCAUGUGAAAGGUAUUGAUCUCGCGGACAAAGAAAAUGACCAUCUGCCAAAUUCCUGCAUAGUCUCUGGCUGGGGGAAAACAGGAAAUAGUCAUUACAAUUCCCUCAUUCUCAUGGAGGUCAAUGUAACCCUGACUAAAAACAAGCUGUGUGAUGGGAGAAAGCUGUACUGCUCUGAGGGAAACGCUGGACCAGCUAAAGGAGACUCUGGUGGUCCAUUAGUCUGUGAUCAGAAGGCAUACGGGUUGGUGUCCCACAACCGGGUUGAAAACCACACGAAAGUCUACAUGUAUACUAAGAUACCCGACUACAAAGACUGGAUCAAUAUCACGCAACAUAACGGAAAGUUCUCAUACAUGUAACACGUGAUUGAUCAAAUAUUUGAAGGUAUCGUUUGUGUAAUGUUGCUAAAGAAGAGGUCUGAGAACUUAGAUGUUAAUAAUACGACUGAAGUCUGAGUUAAAAAGAUAAAAUCAUAUGAUUUUGAUGUGGUUACGUUCAAAACUUCUGUGUGGUAGCUGCUGAUAACAGAUUUUGUGUAGCAUGUGCUUCAAAACAGCCUUGAAUAUGUUAAAGGAACUGCUGCUUUCUUCAUCUUAUUUUUUUGCUCAAAUAUGAACAUGUGUACCAUUAUGUUUGUUUUGUACUGCGUUUUUUUGAACAAUAAACUGUUGUUGUAACACGA